UCGAGAGACAAGUUUCCCUCGUGCGUGGAUGGUUUUCGGGCUGAGCUUACUCCCUGGGGAGGUCGUUAGCUCAGCUGAUAGCUCUCGUGUGCGGCGGGCUUUACCCAUACCUAAUUGCAAAAAUUAAAUACUUGUAUUUUCAAUGAACAUGGAAUUACUACUCCUUCGCUGAUGUCUAAAUCCCUCAAUGGUCAAAGGGCCGUAUGGCCCCAUGGUAUAGCCUUAUCGUGCGGGUUAGACCACUAAAAAUGGUCAGGUUUAUACAGGAUUCCAACAAGCUUCCGGGAAAGUGUCUUAAUCUCAACACAACGCUAAACGAAUGGCCAUCGCUUUGUCAAACGACGAUUCUAUUGAUGACGAAAUCAAAGAUCUUCUCACUUGUUCGUUGUGCUCAAAUAUUUUACAUGACCCAAGAAGCUUGCCAUGUCUUCAUAGUUUCUGUAAAAGAUGUUUAGGGCAGUAUGUUGAAAGUUUUCGUGGUGAUGACAAGAACGUCGAGACAUUUCCGUGCUCCAAAUGUCGAAAAAAGUUCACGCUUAAAGCAAACCAAGAUGUCGAUGAAAUGCCAAGCAUUUGUUUCGUUCAAAAUAUGUUGGAAAUUAAUGCGAUUGAACAAAAAGCAAAGUCAUCUGCUACAUGUUCUCGCUGUCAGGAAGUUGCUACUAAUCACUGCGCAACGUGCAAAGAGUUUUUCUGCAAGAGAUGUUCCACGUCCCACGAUAGCUGGAUGAGAAAUCAUGACUUGUUAUCUGUGGAAGAGCUGGGCACUCCUGAAAGUCAUGUAAAAAUGAAAGCAAAGCUUUACUGCGCGAAACACGAAGGAGAAAUGCUCAAGUAUUACUGUAAAACAUGCAGGGAACUUUCGUGUAUCGACUGUGUGGUGUCAGAUCACAUACAGAAACCAAACCAUGUUUGUGUGGCAGUGAGUGACGCACAGUGGCAAAAAAAAUCAUUGCAAUCUAGGUCCGAAAUUCUUGAUGAGAAACUAACUGAAGGAAAUCAGGCGUUAAAGAAUAUCUGCGAGGUGAUGAAAUCCCUUGAAACAAACGCAAAAAGUGCCAAAGAUCAGAUCGAAGAACAAAAGCAGAAACUGUCAAAGAAUGUGGUGGUAAAGCUUGAUAGAAGAGCCAGGAAGUUGAACGAGGAAGUGGACAACUUUUAUGAUGAAUUACGCAAUGAACUGAGCAAGCAAUACGACGAAAUUAAAGAUUAUCUUGAUAGAGUGGAAGCUUCCGUGGCAUUGCCAAGAAAUCUUCUGAAGAGAGGUUGUAUUGAAGAAGUUCUCUCAUUGCAAAAAGCAAUUGAUGCGAAUAUCGAGUUGUUGGAAAAUGAGCAACCAGAGGAUAUGACCCCAGUAAAUGAUGGCGGCAUUCAAUAUUUUCCUGGCGAUAUCGAUUAUAAGGUUGCUGAUGUUAUUGUUAAUAAAUUGGGACAUGUUGAAGGUGAUUCACACAUCUCAGCUGUACUGGUAAAUCUGAAUACUUCUUCGAGUAUUUUGAAAGGAGAGAUUGCCUGCAUUAAACAACUUCAGAAAUGGUUGGGAAAGAAAUGUAAUUGGAAUCUUUGUUACCGUGCUUCAAGAGAUGGUUGGAGUGCCCAAGAUUUUCACAGUCGUUGUGACAAUAAAGGACCGACCGUGGUUUUGGUGAAAGCCAAUAAUUGCAUCUUUGGCGGAUACACUGAUCGAAACUGGCUCUCAGGACUGAUAUUCCCCUACAAGAAUUCCAGCUCGUCGUUUCUGUUCUCACUACGAAACAAAGACAACCUUCCCUUCAUUGCCGAUAUCAAGCAAGGUCAGGAGCACAACGCGAUUAGCUGUCGUUCUAAUUAUGGACCAACCUUUGGUGGAGGCUGUGAUCUGCUUAUUUGUAGUAAACCUCAUGUUAAUCAAUCAUCAUACUGCAAUUUGGGAAAAACGUAUCAACUUCCUCAACCAUAUGUCUUCCAAAGUGCUGCUGCAAAGAGCCUUCUUGCUGGCCAGUUCCAAUUUAUCACAACAGAGAUUGAAGUUUUCAACUGAGGACUAACAGCAACAGAUUUUUUAUUAAUUCACUGAUUCUAAAAAAGUUUUAGGACCUUGUGAUUUGGCGCAUUUUUAACAAUGUUCGGCCUUGAACUAGAAAAUUUCACUGGUUUUGAUUAAAGG